AUGUUAUCAGCCUUAGGAAACCCGCGGCAGGCCGCCGCCCAGCUCAUGAACUUUGGCCUGAUACUGUCCACGGCUUUUAUGAUGUGGAAAGGUCUCUCCGUCAUCAGCGAUUCCCCCUCUCCGAUCGUCGUCGUCCUCUCCGGCAGCAUGGAGCCUGCCUUCCAAAGAGGAGACCUGCUUCUGCUCUGGAACCGAAAUCUGUUUACCGAAACGAGCGUGGGCGAGGUGGUGGUGUACAACGUGAGGGAUAAAGAUAUCCCAAUCGUGCACAGGGUUAUCAGCAAGUUUGGCACUGGGUUCGUUAUUCCGCGGCAGUGGUGGCUGUUUAUGGGGAUUUACAACAACGAUUCCGACGACACGAAGCUCUACGCCCCCGGGCAAAACUACCUGGUUAGGGAAGAUAUUAUUGGCAGGAGCGUUGUUGGAUAUAUGCCUUUCGUCGGCUAUGUCACCAUCAUGCUGUCUGAGCACCCAUGGAUGAAGACGGUGAUGCUCGGGAUAAUGGGCUUGGUGGUUGUUUUACAGCGGGAGUAA